AUGUAUUGCCAGAAGUGUCGCACGCCUCUCAAGCUUGACGGCUCUCUCGAAGCUCUCAAUCCUGCCGCCUUCGAUUUGCUUGUUGGCUCUACCGGAAAAUCCCUCCCCGAGCACCCGGGCCAUACUCCAUCGCAUCGACAACCCUAUCCUGCCGAACACCGCGAACUGUAUGAGCGUGCUUCCAGACAUUCUAAUGCUCCCAUAUACCGGCGAUCAAUCCCCCCGCCGCGCGAUGGAGGCGCGCAUUCAACACCUCCCAAGUUGGUCCAUGCUGAAAGUAGUGGUGGAAUGUCGUUUGUGAUGCUUACCGAGUCUCAACUUGUCCCGCCUCAAUUGUCCACUGGAGUGGGUGGUGACCUUUUUACAUCUUCCUCGAAUGGAAGUCCGGCAUCAAAGACGGCCGGGCAAGAGCCAAAGAACCAAUCAUUAUCAGACGAAGCUGAGAAAGCUGCUCGAUUAUUUGACAUACUCUCUGCGCGCUCCGAUAUUGACCAUCCUGUUUGUACCGAGUGCACGGAUUUGCUCAUAGAAGGACUACAGAAACGGUUAGCAAGUACUACAAAAGAGAGAGAUGCUUAUAUCUCUUUCCUUAAAACAAUCAAUGCAUCAAUACCCACCGAAGCUGAAGUUGAAGCAGCUGAAAGUGCCCUAAAAUCUACCUUGGAGGAUGAAGAAGUUUCCUACCAGGAGCUGCUGGCUUUGGAAAGGGAAAAGGCCGAUCUUGACCGGGAAAUUGCUGAUCUGGAAGAAGAAUCACGACAAUUAGAUUUAGAAGAAGAUAAAUUUUGGAGAGAGCGAAACACAUUUGCGCUAUCUCUAGCUGAAUUCCAAGAUGAGCGCGACGCUUUGAACAUGCGCUACGAUCACGACUCAAGGCAACUCGAGAGGCUUCAAAGAACAAAUGUCUACAAUGACGCAUUUUGCAUUGGCCAUGACGGCUUUUUUGGAACUAUUAAUGGUCUACGCCUAGGGCGUCUAGCAAACCCAUCCGUCGAUUGGGCGGAAAUAAAUGCAGCCUGGGGCCAAACGUGUCUGCUGUUGGCCACAAUAUCUGAAAAGCUAGGUUUUAGUUUUCGCGGUUACCGCCUGAAACCUAUGGGCUCCAGUUCCAAGAUUGAGAAGUUUGAAAUUUCGGCACAAAGUUCAGCUCAGCCGUCUAGUCAAUCAACUGCAAGUGCCGAUACCACGUCCGCUUUACCUAAGUCGACCGUUUUGGACCUUUUUUCGUCUGGAGACAUGCCUCUGAACUUGCCAUGGGUUCAUCGACGUUUCGAUGCCGGAAUGGUAGCAUUCCUCGAGUGCCUCCGCCAGCUUGGCGAGUAUGUCGAAAAUACUCCUGUGCCGAUGUCUACUCGGCGAGGGCAACCGGGUAUCAACACAACCGGACUGAAGCUACCUUACGAAAUCAGACGAGACAAAAUAGGCGACGCUAGUAUCAAACUGGGUUUCAACCAAAACGACGAAACUUGGACACGUGCUUCCCACGCCAGCAACGUAGCAAGUAUAGCCGCUAGCAACUCAUCUGCGCUAGCAGCAGCGGCCGGCUCAUCUCCACAUCAGAAGGACGCAAGAGGUCAAUAUCCUAAACAAUAG